AUGAAUUUCGAUUACAAGGAAUGCAAAGAACGAAGGUUAUUGCAACUCAACGAGUUGGACGAAUUACGAGAGCAAGCGUACGAGAGCAAUUGGUUAUACAAAGGAAAAGUCAAAAAGUGGCACGACAACAACAUCUUGCACCGUCAAUUUCAAAAAGGGCAAGAAGUUCUCUUGUUCAAUUCACGGCUUCGAUUAUUCCCGGGAAAGCUUAAAUCAAGAUGGUCGGGGCCGUUCAUCGUUCAACAAAUCUUUCCACAUGGAGCUAUAGAAAUCAAGGACCGUGAAUCGGAACGAGUAUUCAAAGUGAAUGGAAAUCGACUCAAACACUAUUGGGGAGAUGGUGGCGAACGUCAAGUGGCCUUGGUCACCUUUGCUUAA